CACAGAAUGCAUAAACAGUAUGGUUGCAGAGCCUAUAAACAGCAUGGUUGCAGACCCCAUAUGCAGCAUGGUCACAGAAUGCAUAAACAGCAUGGUGCCAGAGCCCAUAAACACCAUGGUUGUUAAACCCUUAAACACCAUGGUUGCAGAGCCUAUAAGCAGCAUGGUUGUAGACCCCAUAAGCAGCAUGGUGGCAGAGCCCAUAAGCAGUAUAGUUGCAGAGCCCAUAAACAGCAAGUUUGCAGAGCCCAUAAGCAGUGUGGUUGCAGAGCCUUUAAACAGCAUGAUGCCAGAGCCCAUAAACACCAUGGUUGCAGACCCCAUAAGCAGCAUAUUUGUUGAACCCUUAAACAGCAUGGUUGCAGAGCCUAUAAGCAGCAUGGUAGCAGACCCCAUAAGCAGCUUGGUGCCAGAGCCCAUAAACAGCAAGUUGGUAGAGCCCAUAAGCAGCGUUGUUGCUGAGCCCAUGAACAACAUGGUUGCAGAACACAUAAACAGCAUGUUUACAGAGCACAUAAGCAGCAUGGUUGCAGAAUGCAUAAACAGCAUGGUCGCAGAACACAUAAGCAACGUGAUUGCAGAGCGCAUAAGAAGCAUGGUCAUUGAGCACAUGAGCAACAUGAUUGCAGAUCAUAUGAGCAGCAUGGUUGCAGAGCCCAUAAGCAACAUGAUUGCAGAGCACAUAGGCAACAUUUUUACACGGCAUAUAAGCAGCAUGUUUACAGAGGACACAAGCAGCAUGUUUACAGAACACAUGAGCAGCAUAGUUGCAGAGCACAUGAGAAGAAGCAUGGUUGCAGAACACAUGAGCAGCAUGGUUGCAGAGCACAUGAGAAGCAUGGUUGCAGAGCACAUAAGCAGCAUGGUUGCAGAGCACAUAAGCAGCAGCAUUGUUGCAGAGCCCAAGAAAUGAUACCUUGUAUUUAUGUCAGAAGCAAAACCAACAAGAAUGAGUUUUAACAAUACCUUGCUCUACCAAGCCAUGGUACUUGAAUUCUUACUGUGCCUGGGAUUGCAUAGUAAGUGUAAACUUCUCAGCAGAAUAAAGAUCCAAUAGGAUCCCCAGCCGAACAGUUCAGAGAAAUGGGAUCUGUUAUCUAAGAAGCCAAAGCCACAUUUCCCCCAAAGCCAGUCAUUACGGAUUGGAUUGCCAUUGUCUUUAUGAGAACAUUUACUAGCACGGACAGGAUAGCUUCACUCUGUUCUCCACUCAACAGGGCUGGAGUUCCUUGCCCCCUCCCCCUCUGCACUCUACCAGAAACUGACUGAGACAGAUGCAGAUACUUACAGACAAGCAAUGGACUGAGGUCGGGGAACCCCCAUGCAGUGAUUUUUAUAGAAUGAAACUUCCUAAUGCCUAAACUGGCAUUCCUCGGAUCAAAACUACUUGCAGAGUUUCCGGUUGACCAGCAUUCAUAGGAAUGAAGACAAAGUCAGAGAUGGUGUGUCUGAGAAACUUCAAAAGGUGUAGACCUCCCGAUUGAAGCAUACCUGAUUUGGUUCAUUUUCCUUCAUAAUACCUCUCCUCUCUACAAGGGAGUCAUGAUUACACUAACAGAGUUAAAAUGCUUAGCGGACGCCCAGUCAUCCUACCACAUACUGAAGCCAUGGUGGGAUGUCUUCUGGUAUUACAUCACCCUCAUCAUGCUGUUGGUGGCUGUGCUGGCCGGAGCCCUGCAGCUCACCCAGAGCAGGGUUCUGUGCUGUCUUCCCUGCAAGGUGGAAUUUGACAAUCAGUGCGCAGUGCCUUGGGACCUCCUGAAAGCCAGCGAGAACGCAUCUUCUAACUCGGGCCUGCUGCUCCCACUGCCACUACGGAUCCAGAACGACCUCCACCGGCAGCAGUACUCCUACAUCGAUGCUGUCUGCUACGAGAAACAGCUCCAUUGGUUCGCCAAGUUUUUCCCCUAUCUGGUGCUUCUGCACACCCUCAUCUUCGCAGCCUGCAGCAACUUCUGGCUUCACUACCCCAGCACCAGCUCGAGGCUGGAACACUUUGUGUCCAUCCUCCACAAGUGCUUCGACUCUCCGUGGACCACACGCGCCCUGUCAGAGACAGUGGCGGAACAGUCAGUGAGGCCCCUGAAGCUCUCCAAGUCCAAAACCUUGCUCUCAACCUCAGGGGGCUCCGCCGACAUUGACGCCAGCAAGCAGUCAUUGCCCUACCCACAGCCAGGCUUGGAGUCGCCUGGCAUAGAAAGCCCAACUUCUAGCGUCCUGGACAAGAAGGAGGGCGAACAAGCCAAGGCCAUCUUUGAAAAAGUGAAGAGGUUCCGCCUGCAUGUGGAGCAGAGGGAUAUCAUCUACCGGGUGUACCUGAAGCAGAUAAUCGUUAAAGUUAUCCUGUUUGUCCUUAUUAUAACCUACGUCCCCUACUUUCUCAGCUACAUAACUCUUGAAAUCGACUGUUCGAUCGACGUGCAGGCAUUUACAGGCUAUAAGCGCUACCAGUGUGUCUACUCUUUGGCAGAAAUCUUCAAGGUCCUGGCUUCCUUUUACGUCAUUCUGGUGAUGCUUUACGGCCUCACGUCCUCCUACAGCCUGUGGUGGAUGCUGAGGAGUUCACUGAAGCAGUACUCCUUUGAGGCUCUCAGGGAGAAAAGCAACUACAGCGACAUCCCCGAUGUCAAGAACGACUUUGCCUUCAUCCUCCACCUGGCCGACCAGUACGACCCCCUGUACUCUAAGCGCUUCUCCAUCUUCCUGUCGGAGGUCAGCGAGAACAAACUGAAACAGAUCAACCUCAACAACGAGUGGACCGUGGAGAGACUGAAGAGCAAGCUCGUGAAAAACUCGCAGGACAAGGUCGAGCUGCAUCUCUUCAUGCUCAACGGUCUCCCGGAUAACGUCUUUGAGCUGACAGAGAUGGAAGUGCUGAGCCUGGAGCUCAUCCCCGAAGUCAAGCUGCCGGCUGCUGUCGCUCAGCUCGUCAACCUCAGGGAGCUCCACGUGUACCAUUCGUCCCUGGUGGUCGACCACCCCGCCCUGGCCUUUCUAGAGGAGAAUUUAAGAAUCCUCCGCCUGAAAUUUACCGAGAUGGGGAAGAUUCCACGCUGGGUGUUCCACCUGAAGAACCUCAAGGAGCUGUACCUGUCGGGCUGCGUUCUCCCGGAGCAGCUGAGCAGCUUGCACCUGGAGGGCUUCCAGGACUUGAAGAACCUAAGGACCCUCUACUUGAAGAGCAGCCUGUCCCGGAUCCCUCAGGUGGUGACAGACCUGCUGCCCUCCCUGCAGAAGCUGUCCCUUGAUAAUGAGGGAAGCAAACUGGUUGUGCUGAACAACCUGAAGAAGAUGGUCAAUCUGAAAAGCCUGGAGCUCCUCAGCUGCGACCUGGAGCGCAUCCCCCACUCCAUUUUCAGCCUGAACAACCUGCACGAGCUGGACCUGAAGGAAAACAACCUCAAGACCGUAGAGGAGAUCAUCAGUUUCCAGCACCUUCCGAGCCUCUCCUGCCUGAAGCUCUGGCACAAUAAUAUUGCUUACAUCCCCGCGCAGAUCGGAGCGCUGUCUAACCUGGAGCAGCUCUUCCUGGGUCACAACAACAUCGAGAGUCUCCCUCUGCAGCUUUUUCUAUGCACCAAACUACACUACUUGGAUCUAAGCUAUAACCAUCUGACCUUCAUUCCCGAGGAAAUCCAGUACCUGACCAAUCUGCAGUACUUUGCUGUGACCAACAAUAACAUUGAGAUGCUACCAGAUGGGCUGUUCCAAUGCAAGAAGCUUCAGUGUCUCCUCCUGGGAAGAAAUAGCCUAACAGAUUUGUCCCCUCUGGUGGGGGAGCUGUCAAACCUCACCCACCUGGAACUCACUGGUAACUACCUGGAGACACUGCCUGUGGAGCUGGAAGGGUGCCAGUCUCUGAAACGGAGUUGUCUGAUUGUCGAGGACAGUCUGCUCAAUUCCCUCCCACUUCCCGUGGCAGAACGCUUGCAGACCUGCUUAGAUAAAUGUUAACCUGAGGCCCCGGGGUAGGAAGAUGAACUUUCCUAAGUUAUCACGAUGAGAGAUGGCCGGUGACUCUGACACGCCAUAACCAAAAAUAUUACCAAAUAACCCAGUGUCCAAAUCAAGCAGUUAAAUAUCCACACCGGAGUUUUGUGAAUAACCGAUAUUUAAAUUAUUGAAAUGUAAAAAGUAUACACUGAAGGUGGAUUGAGGGGCGUGUCGUUACAGAAACCUUACCUUUCACGUCUUAUCUUCAGAACCCUGUCCCCACCUCCACCCCAACCCGUUGCUUAUUUGCAUACAUGCUUUCAUAGGACCUUGUAGUCUGAUAUUUAACUCCAUGAAGACUCGUCGGUAUAAAUCUCCUUGUCAUAUGCUCACCACUGGCUUUGAUUUAUAUUGUUUCUUUUUGUUUUUAAGCAGCGUGCAUCACGCUGGGCAGAAUUCCAUCUUGGCUGUCUUCUCUGCUCCUUUCUCAUUUUGCUGGAAUCUUCAUCCGGGUUUCUCUGAUAGUCCUGGGAAAGUGCUUACUACGUUUGGCGUUUGCCUAGAACAGGAGCCAGGGGUUCUAGGACGUGUGAUCUUCUGAGCACCCUAAAAAUUAAUGCAUUCUCAAAAUGUCUUCUGGUCUAUCAUCAGAGCCGUUUUUAAAUAUGUUAAAAUUUUUUAUAUGAAAUAUAAAAUAUUUUCUACUGUAUGAUCUCAGAUGCUACAUCUACGAGAACACCUUUUUGUAAGCAGUGAACAUGUGCAUCUCUGUAAGGAUUUAAUGAUUCUUAAUUUGGGCUGAUUAUGAUUCUCAUGUUUGUAUGCAUUCUGCUCCAAAAAUUUUUGUACUCUUGCAACUAAUUACUGCAACCAAUUUGGAUGACAAAAAGCCUUGUGUUUCGCUCCCUAACAUCUUUGAGGGUUUCCUCAUGAGAGGACAGGAGGGCCGCUGAAUCACCUACCUCUCCUUGCUGUUGUCCAAGAGUACGGGUACAACCCCUCAAUUACUUAAAAACUACCACCAAGGGGAGAGGGCAAGAUCUAGAUUGGAAAAUUGAUUGGAAAAUACUCUGUUAGAUGUAGGGUCCCCCCCCCCCAAUGUGCAUGAUCUCUCAAUAUGACGAUGAUAGAAGCUGUCUAUUCAGAAUCUGAGCCCAUGAAACUGACAUCUAUCUCAUAGGCUGCCUUGUGACCCCUGGAAUAAGUCAUGUUCCUCCUGACAAAGAGCUUUGUGUUUGGCCCUUUUUUUUAAUCAUGCGUAUUGUUGAAUAAAUAAAAUAGAUUGGCUUACACUGGGGAAGUGGACAUUGUAGUAUGUUUUUCUCUCAUAAGUCUAGGCAUUAUGAAACCACCUCCUUUUAGACAUAGCUGUCAAAUAAUCCAUUAACUGCAUCUACAAAAAAACUGGAAAACACUUCUAAGGAAUCUUCUAAACACAGAGCUGUGGCAUGUUGUUUUCUCCUAAUUAUUCUAGAAAGAUGAAAAUGUCUCUCAGUGGCCGUAUAUACCUGAUGUCUAGAGAAGAGAAUUUCAUGGAGGAAACCUGAGUAAAGUUAGUUACAAAGAAUAUACUGAAGGCCCUAAGCUGCCUAACACAUUAUGGAUAGACUAAAAGAGACAUAUUAGCAAAGCUUGCCUUUGUUAGAAUGUCCAAGUUCUCAGGGACCUAGGCAUAACUGGCUCUCACUGGGGCCUCAUGGACAGGCCCUGGCUUAGCCAGGCUUUUCUGAUUCUUACUGUUUUAAUAAUGUGAGCUGAUGGCUGACAUUUUCCAGUAAAAUCAUCACAUGGACCAAUUCCAAAGUUGACUGGAAUUGUCUGAAGUUUUGAACAUAAAUGUGAGUGAGGUUUCAAUACUAUCAAUUGUGCUUCAUAUGAACUAAAAAAAAAUCCCACCCUAACCAGUUCAGACUGUCUAAACCUCCCCCUGAUGAAGGAGAAAUUCCCUGUGCCUUUGUUUUCCAAUAUAUGCAUCAUUGGCUAACUGGUCUACCUCCUCAAAGCAGUUCCCUAGAUGGAUCAAUCAUGAGGUGUGAGCCGCUUUCAACACACAAGGCUGUUGUUACUGGUGGAAACCAUAUUGCUCUUGAUACAACAGUCUUAUAGUGUCUCUUGUAUUUAACACUGAUGCAUCAAUGUUGAGGUAGCUUUUCAAUCUAACACUAAGACAAUGGACAACACAUUUACCACCUGACAGAGAUCUAUCUGUGUUAGCACUGGCUUUACUAACCUAAGUGUUGAUAGUCACCUUACCGAAGAAAAUAGUCUUACAAAUUAUCAUGAGAUUAAAGUCUCAUGAUAAGAAUAUUCUUUCCAAAAGCCAAAUGUAGAGGGUCAAAAACAAAACUUUGGCCUAUACUAAAAUAAUAUGGGUUAAUUUGCAUACACACACAAAUACAGAGAAAGAUGUAUAGCUUCAGUUUUGCAAAUUUCAGUUUUCAAUAUGUUCUUCUGAAAAUUGCAGGAGGUUAAAGGUUAGUCUGAGGAUAGCAACUUUUUUAAUUCAUUAUUUUUAAUCACGAAGUAUUCGAUUUCCAUAAAAUCAAUUCCAGUUUGAGAAGAUGCCAUGUGUUCCCACAAGGGCAGAGUUUUCCCCUCAUCUACAUCAGGGUGGAUUUCUGCAGCAUAAUUAUACUGAAAUUUUUUUAACCUUCUGUGUAUUACCAUAUUUCUGUUAAUAAUAAACAGGUUGAAUCAGGGUACGUGAAAUUGGGCUCUCAGUGAUAAUGGCAAGCUCUAAUUCAUGUGCUGCAGUGUACUAAAGUGGUUUAUGCACAUGGCAUUAUUCUUUGAUGAUGAAAUGGUUCUGCUGAUGUUUCAUAAUUCUGAUACCAUGUUUAAUUAAAACAGCACAUGAUAUUGAUGGGUUCAUGAAAAUGGCCACUUACUCUGUGGAGUUGACACUGUUUCCUUACAUUUUUCAGUAAAUCCUUCCAUCUCUGCAGUCACGUGGCACUGGUCCAUCUGCACACUGUGUUUUGUCCUCACCCACCUCACUGAAUCUGAUGGACACUGUACAGUAGCAGUCUCUUAGUGCAGAAUUGUCAGUGAUGCCUGAGCUUGAUCAUCCCUGUUUAUAAGAAUCUAGCUUCUGGUCUCUGUUCUCAUUAACCGCAUAUUGCAUUAUAGAAUGAAAAAUAAGAGAGACUAAUUAGAGAGAGGAAGGAAGACUUAUUUUGCACCUUGAACUGAAUGAAAAGAAAAAAAGAUAUAUAUAUUUAGACAGUGUAAACAAACAACUGCUGCAGAAUGUUCUCUGUGUAAUAGUGUCUGGUGUGUACCUGUGUGCUGUGCUAAAUCAGGGGACCCUUUCUGUCUCUUGUCCAUGGUGUCUAUAUCCAGUGACAAGGGUCUGCCAUGUACCUUUUGCAAUGGACUUCAUAAACUGCAUUCUCUAAACCUUUUAUUUUUAAAUAUGAACAAUUUCAUAAACACUGAAGUAUUAACAGAUUAUAUGAGUCAGAGUAUUGAGCUGAGAUAGCUUCUAAUUGAACUUAAUUUUAUAUUUAAGUUUUGAAUUUAUCACAAAAUAUACCAUAGCUGAAAAAAGCAAUUAUGAAUGCCUUCUGCAUGUUCGUUAUUUCUAACAGACAUGGUGCAAUUGUUUUUAAAUACAGAAAGGUGUAGGGUUAGAAUGGGUGUGUCUGCACUCAUCUCUGUUGUCUGUCUGUCUUUAUAGUAACCCUGUUUCAUGCUAAGUAAAGGAUGAUCCGAUCUUGGGUGGAGAUGCUUUGUUUUGUUAGCUCCCAGUGGAGGCCGGCAUUUGCCCUUUUACCUUUUACCAUAUACUUGGAAAUGUGUAUCUGGAAUUAAUUACUAGAAAAUGUAUGAUUAUGUUCCAUGUUUUUGGCCCCUGGGUUCAAAUCCCUACAUUUGGUAGAUUUGGGUAAAUUUUGCUGUUUUUAAAGCAUCUUUUAUGUAAAAAGAUUACAUUUUUAUAAUAAAUGGCAAA